AUGGAAAUGACGUACGGUAACAGAGAUCAACAGCAGUUUAAUAGAAAUGGCCAGGGAGCGCGUGGUGGCGGCGACAGCUGGUCUAAUAGAGGUGGUGACGGUAAUUCAUAUGGUGGUAGAAAUGGUAAUUUUGGCGGUAGAGGAGGAGGCCGUGGCGGAUAUGGAGGCCGUGGACGUGGUGGAAGGGUUCAGGAUGACCGUGUUGAGUUAAGCAAGCCUGAUUGGGAUUUGGAAUCGUUGCCGAGGUUUGAAAAGAAUUUUUAUGUAGAGCACGAGGAUGUGCGGAACAUGAGCAGCGCUGACGUUGAAGAUUUUAGAAAGAAGAGUGAGAUGACGAUUAUUGGGCAUGAUGUGCCUAAGCCGAUCAGGACGUUCGAUGAGGCUGGGUUUCCUGAGUAUGUGUUGAAGGAGGUGAAAGAGGAGGGGUUUGAUAAGCCUACGGCGAUUCAGUGUCAGGGUUGGCCGAUGGCGUUAUCUGGUCGUGAUAUGAUUGGUGUUGCUGCUACCGGUUCUGGUAAGACAUUGUCGUAUUGUUUGCCGGGUAUUGUGCAUAUUAAUGCACAGCCUUUGUUGUCUCCAGGUGACGGUCCGAUUGUUUUGGUGUUGGCUCCUACUAGAGAGUUGGCAGUUCAGAUUCAGAAGGAGUGCUCGAAAUUUGGCCACUCUUCGCGUAUUAGGAACACCUGUGUUUACGGGGGUGUGCCUAAGUCUCAGCAGAUCAGGGAUUUACAGAGGGGUGUAGAGAUCCUCAUUGCUACACCGGGCAGAUUGAUCGAUAUGUUGGAAAUUGGUAAAACCAACUUGAAGAGAGUUACUUAUUUAGUUUUGGACGAGGCGGACAGAAUGUUGGAUAUGGGUUUUGAGCCGCAGAUCAGGAAAAUCGUUGAUCAGAUCAGACCCGACAGGCAAACCCUAAUGUGGUCUGCUACAUGGCCCAAGGAAGUUCAACAGUUGGCUAGGGAUUACUUGCAUGAUCCUAUCCAAGUAAAUAUUGGUUCUUUGGAAUUAGCUGCCUCUCACACAAUUACCCAAAUCGUUGAGGUUAUUAGUGACUUUGAAAAGAGAGACAGAUUGGUUAAGCACUUGGAUAUCGCUUCUAAAGAUCCAGAAUCAAAAAUAAUUAUCUUUGCUUCGACAAAGAGAACUUGUGACGAUAUUACUUCGUAUUUAAGGCAAGAUGGGUGGCCUGCUCUAGCUAUUCAUGGUGAUAAGCAGCAACAGGAACGUGACUGGGUUUUGAACGAAUUCAGAUGCGGCCGUUCGCCAAUUAUGGUCGCUACUGAUGUUGCAGCCAGGGGUAUUGACGUGAAAGGUAUUAACUUUGUCAUCAACUAUGAUAUGCCUGGUAAUAUAGAAGACUAUGUGCACAGAAUCGGUAGGACGGGUAGAGCAGGUGCUACUGGUACUGCAAUUUCUUUUUUCACUGAGCAAAGCAAAGCAUUGGGCGCACAGUUGAUCUCCAUUAUGAGAGAAGCCAAGCAAGAGAUCCCUCAAGAUUUGUUGGUCUAUGAUCGUGCUCCUCGUGGAUCUCAUCCAAGAUAUGGUGGCCGUGGUGGCUACGGUGGUCGUGGUGGCCGAGGCCGUGGUGGUUAUGGUGGUCGCGGUGGAUACGGUGGCCGUGGUGGUGGCGGCUACGGUGGUUAUUCAAAACCCAGAGACGGUGGUUGGGGUAACAGAGGUUAA